GCUUUUAUUUUGGAGCUUUCCGUUGUGGAUGACCAGUAUAGGGAGACAUAACCGUGUGUAGACAAUUAUAUGUAUCUCCAUAGGACACUGAACUUGUCAGGACCAACUUUUUUGUGACCAUGGGGUAAAGAGGACCCCUUAUCUGUGUGUGUGUUCCAAUUCAUUGUCCAAUAGCUUCGCAUACCUGUGCGUGCGUGCGCGUGUGUGUGUGUGUUUGUGUUUUAACACUUCCUGGUUCACCACUCUACCGAUCUUAACUUCACUGUGACUCCAGUGUCUGUACGUUUCUCCAAUUUGAGAAAAAACUGCUUGCAAAUGCUGGUUAACAUGCUGGUUAACCGGCCAGGACCUUUAACCCGCUAGUUAGUGUGUUUUGACUAGCAUCGCCUUAGUGGUGAGUUAGCCGACUGCUAGCCGGAGGAGCACUGUAAGCACAGGUAUGUGGGCUUCCUGUUGUAAUGGGCUGUGUAUGGACUCGGCUGAUGUUGAACAGACUGGUGAAAGUGAGUGGCGGCGCAAUCAAUCCUACACCAACUCUGCCUUCAACAGGCAGCCCUCUUCUCCACUUGAACAUUCCUGUAAGACGUGUGGGGGGUGCCUCGACACACCUGCCAAGAAGCAUGUGUGUGUGGAUUGUAAGAAGAACUUCUGCAGUCGCUGCUCUGCCCAGCUCGAGCUCCGGCCCCGCCUCUGCCACACCUGCCAGCGUUUCUAUGGCAACCUGUUGGAGCGAGCAGAGCUCAUGAAGCUCAAAGUAAAGGAGCUAAGAGACUACUUGCAUCUGCAUGAGGUCUCCACCCACCUGUGCAGGGAGAAGGAGGAGUUGGUGGAGCUGGUCAUUAGUCAGCAGUCAUCACCAGCCAGUGAAUCCCCCCCGGACACUCUGACCCCUGACCUUCCGACAGUGACCACUGAUCAACCGGACAUCUCCACCUUGAACCCUGACCCACCUACACCCACCUUGAAUGUGACCUCUGACCCUCCACCUACACAGCCUGACUCCCUGCCCCCUCCCUCAGAGACAACUCCCUCAGAGACCCUUGCUAGUGAGCAGGAUGCUCAGGAAGAUGACCAGGCCUCAGACAGUGAGGAGCUCUCUGUACCAGGUCGCAGGGCAUCUUUGUCUGACCUGAGCUGCAUGGACGACAUUGAGGCGCUCAGCGUCCGUCAGCUGAAGGAAAUCCUUGCUAGGAACUUUGUGAACUACAAGGGCUGCUGUGAGAAGUGGGAGCUGAUGGAGCGAGUGACCCGGUUAUACCAGGAUCACCUGAACCUUCGGGCUGCGAAUGCCAUCAACGCCUCAGAGUCCGGUGGGGGAAGCAGUGAUGCCCCAAGCCCGGAAGAAAACCUCUGUAAGAUUUGUAUGGACUCCCCCAUUGACUGUGUUCUGCUGGAAUGUGGUCACAUGAUCACCUGCACCAAGUGCGGAAAGAGGAUGAGCGAAUGUCCCAUCUGCCGCCAGUAUGUUGUCCGAGCUGUCCAUGUCUUCAGGUCCUGAACACAGGACAAGAAACUCGUCUUCUUUAAGGGAUCGUCUACAAACAGAAGCUUUUAUUUUGGGAUUUGUAUUUUUGUAGUGUAAAUAUGUAGAAGAAGUGACCUCAUGUGACCUGCUGGUCGGACACAGACGUGGAUGAUCUCAUCUACUAAUCAAGAACCAGGAAAAGUCAGAACCAAAGAGUAAAAUGGCUUUACCUUUUAAAGGUGUGUGGGGGAGUCUUAACAAUACAGAGUGUGAAAGAGUGCAGAAAUGUCACUGACUCAGCAAACACAUCGCUGACUCAGAAGGACCCCCACUCAAAUAAAGCCUCAGGUGAGCACAAUGCAGCCUUUCAACCCCCCUCAGAUGUGGUCCUGCGGACAAACCUGUUCCUCCAUCAAGCUUCCAUCAAGGACUAUGUAGCACAGUUUCUACUCACAUCUAUUAAAAUGAAACAGUUUUUUCAGGGAUCUGUGGGAAUUUUUUUGUUUAUUUUAGUCAGAGUUCUUGCAGGGCAAUAACAAUUAAACUUUUACUUUUAAACUGAUGUUAUUAAUGGGCAGUACAACGCUUUUCCAGGAAACAACACUAAUAUGGCUCCAAUUUAAAAGACAACUAGGAGAAGUAAAUCAGAGCUGAGAGCAAAGGAUUACCCGUCAUGUUGAACUAAAGCGCUAUAGAAACAGCAGGGGCCCCAGUGCGCUUCCCUAUGGGAAUCCACCAGCAGAACAUAAACAUCAGCACUGGUGCUCUUUUGAUUUGAAGUUGCCUUUGUAUUUGCACUAAUCUGCUAGAUUUAAGUUUCUCUAGAUUUUAUCCGAUUUGUUGUGGUCAAAGUUUUACUGAUUUGUUGAGGUUGAAGAAAAAUGACACAGGACGUGUGUGUUGUUUGUGUAUGUGUGUGUGUGCGGUUAUUCCUUAACUCUGUAUGCUGUGUAUGUGUUUGGUUCCUUUCCAACCCGUGGCUACAUUAAGAUUACCUUCGACAUUGUUCAAAUCGGAUUGAUUGCAGAUCAGAUUUGACAGUUCAUAUUCACAAUUAUGAUUCAAUUGUCUUGUAUGCGAAUGCAACUGCCCUCUUGAACUGCACACGCGUCAUCGUCAACAGACAAUGGGAUUUUUAUGUCUAUUUGAUAUUUGAGCAGCAAGAAGGUGCGAUGUUGGUGCCAGUCAGAGACGACAAUUCCCAGCACAUUUAUACAGGCAAAAAGGCACAUGAAUUCUGAUAUGACCAUUUUUAUUUGUCGCAUGGCCACAUACUGGAUAGAUGUCUGAUCUAGAAUGACAUACUGAAUACAAAUUAAAGUCAGACACCAGGGGGGAAAAAAACAGAUGGGAAUCACUUCAACCUGGUAACUUGAAUGUAGCCGUUGAUCUGUGACUUUGUGCCUUUUAGUUGUAAGACAGGACAAUUGUAACAUAUCAGUAUGAUCGGUUUCCUCUUUCCUCACUCAUGUAGAGGUCCCAGCCUUUAUAUGUCAACAUUUUGAGCCUAGUUUUGUUCAUUGUUCACAUUUAUGUACCGGAAAUAAUUAGAAGAUGUUCAAUUUACAAUUUUAAAUGUUCAUUUUUGGAAAAGGAAAUUGUGUUUGACAGUUUAUAAACUGAGAAAGUUGACCUGAAGUAACUGAUUCAUUAAAAUGCACUUUUCUUUGUUCA